AUGUCUAUUCAAACACUCCACGACGAUAACCUCAUCCUCAUCUUCGAGAUGGCCGCAGAGCUCGAUGCACCCGAUGCAUAUACCACUUUCCAGUUAGGAUGGAUCUCACUCUCGCACGUCAAUCGUCGCUGGCGCUUGCUUCUUCUGGACCAGCCCGUACUCUGGGGGCGCGUCGUAUGCGAGUUCCCAUCUCGGGAUGCGUAUCGCACUUGCUUAUACCGCGCACGCGCCGCUCCACUAAGCCUGAAAGCGGAUCGUGAUUGGGUCCAGAUGUGCACAAGUGUCGAGGAGAUCGCCAGCUUGAUCCCCAGAGCACGGAAGAUCGGCUUUGCUGAUCCAGCGGCCGGUGUCUUGACCCUCUCACUCGAGGGUAUGGCAUUACCACUGCUAGAGGAUCUGAAGACUGUGAGAUGCCAUAGCAUGAACAAGGGUCUCGUUGCACCUUCACUGCGCCGGCUUUCCAUCUACACAAUCCCGUUCUCUAUCUCCGCACCGCAUCUACGGACCCUGUCCGUCGUCCUCUCCACUUUGGACUCAAACACACAUUAUCUACCUGGCAUCGUCGCCGCCUUUUCAUUCUUGGAGGAGUUGACGGUCAAAUUCUUGGAACCUGGUCGGUGCUAUCUGACAGGCGCGGCCGACGACGAGCUGGCCCGCCGUAACAACGAGGACCGCUUGAACGCAAUCCUAUCAGAUCUUGAGCGCGGAACUCCACCCAAGGAGAUGCCCAGACUCACCUCCCUCUCUGUCAGCGACUGCGAUGCAUUAUUCAUCAAGGUGUUGUGGCGCUCAUUGGCUGUUCCUCGAACAGCAACAAUCAGUGUCGUUUACGGCUCUGACGCCGUAUGGCGACUUGCUUCCGCCGAGCCGAUGCAAACAUACCUUUCAUAUCCUGAAUAUGAUACACUUUCCGUCACUACUUCUACCGAUGGAAGGGAGCAGAGAUGUUCACUUCACGCGGGAGAGUCUGGCGUUGCCGGCUCAUGCGAUGUGACGCUCAUCUCUAGCUCCAUCUUGUACGCGCUGAGUGCGUCCUCCCUCGACUCGAUCUUCGCAAACAUACGAACACUACACCUUGUCGACAAUCAGAAGCCGCAAGCUGCUCGAGAGGGAUCCAGACUUACAAGUGGUCCUAAUACCACUCCUCUCAGACCAAACCUCGGAGCAUUCUUCUCCGUCCAAUGCUUAAGGCUCGGCGGGCCCGGCGUGGUCGAGUUGUUGCUCGUGCUUUCGCUCUACAACCUCCCCAAACUGAAGACUGUCGAAUUCGACGGUACGACGCAGCCCUUUUACGAUGGCGACGCGAUGAGCGACUUGUCCCGCAUACUGCACGCCAGGGCGUCCGUCCCUGACAAUACGAGGCUUGGGCGUAUCGUUAUCCGUGGUUGGGUUCCGCGCACAGAGAGGUCGAGGAUCGAGAGAGACGUACUGGAUUUGGACUUUCAUAAGGUGGCCGACGUGGUUACAGAUGAGAGAAUCGUCAUGUUGGUCCAUGCGGACGAUGCUCUUGCAGCAGAGUCGGGUCAAGACCAGUCGGCGUAA